AUGAAAUCAGAAGAUAUGUAUUUGAACAGAGCGAAGUUCGUGAUGAAAUAUUUAGGGGUGUGGUAUUUAUUUUUAAUAUUUCAAAUAAUAUACAUUAUUCAAGUAUGGGGCGAUCUUGAAGCUGUAUCACAAGCGUCGUAUUUACUUUUCACACAAGCUUGUUUAUGUUUAAAAGUGACUGUAUUUCAAGUUAAUAUAUCCAUGGUUAGAGAAUUAUUGGAACGAAUGAAUGGUGAUAUUUUUAUAUCAUUUUGUGAUGAACAUGACAGGAUCUUAAAAUGGCACGCUGUUCGUAUCAAAAGGUUGCUAUUGGCUUUUAUGAUAAGUUCUCAGACGACGUGCGGCCUGUGGGCGCUCAAACCCUUGUUUGAUGACGCAGGAAGCCGCAAAUUUCCCUUUGACAUGUGGAUGCCUGUAAAACCGGAAUAUUAUCUGCAAUACGAGCUGGGCUAUGCUUUCCAACUGGUAACAAUAUGUAUGAGUGCCUAUAUGUACUUCGGCGUUGACAGCGUUGCAUUGUCUAUGGUUAUUUUUGGUUGCGCACAAAUUGAUAUAAUCAAAGACAAAAUUUUGAAAAUAAAAUCAUUUAAAAAUGUUGAACAAAGUGAACGUAAUAAAUACUCAAAGGAAAAUUAUCUUAAACUAAUAGAAUGUAUAAAACAACAUCAAGGUGUGGUGUCAUUUACCAAAUUAGUUGAAGACGCAUUCCAUACAUUUCUCUUCUUUCAAUUGAUUGGCAGCGUUGGUCUUAUUUGUAUGUCCGCUCUACGUAUAUCAGUGGUGGAUUGGCGCAGUUUACAGUUCGCUUCUAUAGUGACGUACUUGUUAGUCAUGAUAAGUCAACUAUUCGUCAGCUGUUGGUGUGGACACGAACUUACUGCAACUAGUGAAGAUCUCCAUACAGUUUUGUAUAAAUGUGCAUGGUAUGAACAGGAUGUGAAGUUUAAGCGAGCUCUGUACUUCGUGAUGAUGCGUAUGAGCAGACCAAUAGUGUUGAAAGCGGGACAUUAUGUAACACUAUCGAGACAGACUUUUGUUUCUAUUUUACGAAUGUCAUAUUCUUAUUUUGCUGUAUUGAAUCAAAGAAAAUAA